AUGCCAUCAUCCUUCACUGCCUCACCAUGUCAAGACUCUCAAGAAACCAACUACCUGCAAACCCUUUUAGCCUCUGCUCGUCCCUUCCUUAGAGGGGAGCUAGAAUCCGUUGACAAGAACUUGCCUUCCCUAGUUUCUGUGUUACGUUCUGUUGGUGCUGGUGAAUGCUGGCACAAACAUGGCAGCUUUCUUGAUCACCUAGUUGACAUGUACCGCAUCCUCAAGAUAUGGAAAGCACCUGACUCGGUCUGUCUUUGUGGGCUUUUCCACUCUGCUUAUUCCAAUUCUUAUGUCAAUCUUGCUAUCUUUGAUCCUAACACCGGUCGAGACGUUGUCCGUGGCCAUGUUGGUGAGGCUGCAGAAAGGCUGAUUCACUUGUUUUGUAUUGUCCCUCGCCAACCAUUGAUCCAUGAUGAUCUCUUGUUCAAGUAUUCUGAUAUAGAACUCGUUGAACACCUUAAAGCUUCUGAGUUGUCAUUGAGGAGUGCAAAAGAGAAGGGUUUGUUCAAUGGAGAGGAGUCUUGGAGGAAGAAAUUAACUUCUCUUUUGCCUGCCAGGGGGUUACAGUGA